AUGGAGACGAUGAAUGCAUACCCGGCUCCACAGGCGCAGAUGUCGAGCACACAGCCACUUUCCACGCCGGCAUCGCAGGAGUCGAUCGUGAGCGUGCAGAGCAACGGCAGCAGUGUUCCAGCGCAGUCGCAGAAUGGCAGCAGUCUCUCGCAGUUCACCAACUACACUGACCCGACCUCACCCGAUAUUGAGAAUGCGAAGAGUACACAACAAACUUCACCUUCGAUAGCAACAACGAGGGCCGCCGCAAGGACGCCUGAUAUCGAGAACGACGACUCGAAAGGCCGCGGCAUGCUUAGUCCGGCUAGUGUCACGUCCCCGGUUGCGGUGAAUGGAGCGAAACGAACAGCAAGCGGGCACGUAAAGAACACGCCAGCCCUUCCGUUGACACCGACGACGGCUGCACCCGCUGGGAGGCGAUCACGAGCCGGGUCCAUGUCAUCGACGAGCAGUCGCGCUGGUGAAUUGGCUGCUACUCUCAAGGCACGUCUGGGCUACGCCAUGGCCAAGGUGCAGAACGGAUGGGAGCACAAGACGAUUGUUGAGGUCGAGCAAUUAGCCGCUCACAAAGUCUCGCCCAACAGGCACAGCAUGUCGCAUGUUGACUACGGCAUGAGGCCCCUGAGCGCAGGACUCAGUAACGGUACCGCGCGAUUAUCCAUGUACGAGUCGUACGGCCCACCGCAGACGGAUGGCAUUGCUUCACCGCCAUCGAAACGACGAUCGGGUACGUACGACACACUAUUAUCUUCCUCCGGAUACGCGCCCGCUCCUCAUCUGCAGCCAGCCGCCGACAUUCGUCCAAUGUCGAGUUCUCAAUCGUACUACUCCGCGCCAUCGCGCCACCACGGCCCUUACAGCAGCGCGAUGUCGCCGCCGCAGACACCAAUCAACGGCGCGCCGCGUCGUCCGCCAACGAUACGGACCGACACGCAAACUGCGGAAGCGGAGAGAGACGCGCUUCAAGCGCUCUUCCAACUCGGCUCACCGCACACUUACCAGCUGUCCAGGCAGCCAAGCCUCGCCGCUGAGAAACGAGUUCCCUACGCCUCGAAGGGUGACAUUCGCACGGAGCGAGAGCGACAGCAGCGCGCAAGGAUCCAGUACUGGAAGUUUGCCUUGACGAGCUUUGGAACAGUGUAG